AUGAUUCCUGAGGCGGCAGAUUUUGAGAAACCACACAGCUGUUGGAAAAAGAGAAUAGAUGUACUAAAAUAUCCUCAAGACAUAAACAUGAUGGUUCUUGAAGACUCCAAACCCAAAAUACAAAGGGUUCCAGAUUACACGGGAGGACGCUUAGAAUUCCAAAAACUCUACUUGCCGAACAUUAUCUCAAUUGGUGCAAUCCACUUUUUAAAACCCUACGUUAAGGGAGGAGAGUCACACAAGGUUCUGUGGACUGCAACGUAUCUUAAGAACACCUGCCAAACCUACAAUGAUUUACUACAAAAAACUGGCAAUUCAUUUCACAAAAAGUUUGCGGGCUUGUUUGCUGAAGACUGCUGGAAAUAUGACGAGACCCGCGAUCUGCGACGGUCUGUGAGAGUGGAAGAAAUGUUAGUAGUGGAUGGGUGCUCGGUGCUUCAUGUGUUGGACAAAUCCGUGGAUUCUGACUAUCCGGAGAAAGAACUAAAGGUUAGCGCUGGGCAACUGGCGCAGUUGCAUCACGAUAUGGUCCUGUUGGAGAACCAAAUUCCUUACCAAUUGCUCAAGCUGUUAUGCAAUGACAAAGCCAGACUAAAGAGCUGCAUGCACAACUUCCUAAUGGUGCAUGGUAUCGGGCAGGCAUCGAAUGGGGAAGUGUUAGAGGAGCACUAUAUAACAGUUGAAGAAGAUGAGCAAGACAAAGAGGAACCUGUUCAUCUUUUAGAUUAUUUACGAAGGGCCGUGUUGAGAAGGGACAGAGACCCAGCCUUUAAUAGGGAAAUAAAGAUGAUGCAGAAGUGCCUGCACCCCAGAAAGUACAGGAUUGGGACCGUACGAGAGAUCAAGGCAGCGGGAAUUCGAAUAGCUAAAUCUUCAGAUUCUUUCUACCCCAGUUUCAUUGAUGGACAACUCCAACUUCCUGGUAUAGUCGUCGAUGGCUCAACUGCUCUUAUUUGCGUGAACCUUAUGGCGUACGAAAUGUGCCUAGGCUUUCGGAACGAUUUUGAGAUCACCUCACUGGUUGUGGUUCUCUGCUCUCUGAUUGACCGACCAGAGGAUGUGAAGGAGCUAAGGCGUAUAGGCGUGCUUCGUAACGAACUUGGCAGCGAUAAAGAGGUGACGGAUAUCUUUAAUAAGUUGGAUGUGUUGACGGUGCCCGAGACUGUUAUGUUUGCUCAUAUCAGAGACGAGAUCGAAGUUCAUUUUAAGUCCAGACGUGCUAGGAUCAGAGUGUUGCGUUGGAUGGGAGAAGCCUAUCAUACCUACUUCCGAUCUCCGUGGAUCGUCACUGGCUUGUUAGCUGCCAUGUUUGGCCUUUCCCUCAUGUUUAUCCAGACAUUGUAUGCAGCCCGCUGUAAAGGUUCCUGA